CAACUUAAACUUGGCACAAUGACGGCUGUCAACACAGUCAUAGCAAGUAAAGUUGCCUGUGGUUUACAACUUCGGGGACUUAACUCUGAAACUUACAUCCAACUAAAGCAGACCUACACAAGAGACUUUAUUCCAGUUGAGAAGUCUCACAUCCCUACUAAAGCUACGGCUCUCCAGUGGCCUCAUUUGAAGCAUCUAAUGAACAAGUUGCAUCCACUUCAAGAUUGUGAGGUUGGUCUGCUAAUUGGUUACGAUUGCCCAUCAGCACUGGCUCCUUUGGAGGUUGUCACAGGCAAUGAAAAUGAACCUUUUGCUCAAAGGACAACGCUAGGCUGGAGCAUAAUAGGGUCAGCCAAUCCCCACUUGGAUAGAUGUGGAAACGAAACCUUUGUGCAUCGUGUCACGGUAAAGGAAAAGCCACUUGCCAUCGACGUGCUGAAAGCACUGGAAUCAGACUUUAAUGAGAGGAGUUAUGAGGAGAAGUAUGUGUCACAGGAUGAGGUUCGCUUCAUACAGCUUCUAAAUGAAAAAAUUAAGCAGAAAGGGGAUGGCCACUUUGAGAUCCCACUCCCUUUCAAGGGUAGUAGUCCACCAAUUCUCCCAAACAACAAGAAACUGGCUACUGUUCGGUUGCAACACCUAAAGAAGAAGUUAAUGAACAACAAACAGUAUUUUGAUCAUUACACAGCCUUCAUGGAAGAAAUUCUCAAGAUAGGUGAUGCGGAGCCAGCACCGCCAUUUUCUGACGACGAGACUGUGUGGUAUAUCCCACAUCAUGGUGUAUACAACCCCAAGAAGCCAGACAAAUUAAGAAUUGUGUUUGAUUGCUCUGCAAAGUUUCGUGGGAUCUCUCUGAAUGACACUCUACUGACAGGCCCUGACUUAAUAAACCCUUUGCUGGGAGUUCUUUGUCGAUUUAGAAGGGAAGCAGUUGCUGUGAUCUGUGACAUCGAACGGAUGUUCCACCAAUUCAGUGUCUCACCCGAAGUUCGCAACUACUUAAGAUUCCUCUGGUGGGAAGGCGGACUGUUUGAAAGGGAACCUCAAGAAUACAGAAUAACAGUCCACCUUUUUGGGGCUGCAUCCUCCCCUGGAUGUGCCAACGUUUGUCUUAAGUAUCUGGCACAGCAACACAAGGUGAAUUACCCUGCUGCUUCAGCAUUUCUGGAAAAUAACUUCUAUGUGGAUGAUGGGUUAACAAGUGUCCCAACUGUCAAAGAAGCAAAGAAACUCAUUGUUGAAACACAGGAACUGUGCAAAGGAGCAGGGCUACGUCUGCAUAAGUUCAAUUCAAAUCAAAGUGAGGUCCUCUCCUGUGUAGCUUCAUCAGAAAGGGCAGUGAACACUGAUCCUCUCAAUCUUAAACCCUAUCCUGCUGCAGGGGCACACAUACUUGGCAUUCAGUGGUCAUCAGAAAAUGACACCUUCAGCUUCAAUACUAGUGUAAAGGAUCACUCCCCAACACGCCGUGGUCUCUUAUCUGUCAUAGCAUCUCUGUAUGACCCACUUGGGUUCGUAGCUCCUUUCACACUAAGUGGCAAGCACAUCCUUCAAGAACUGUGUUGUAGAGGUAUUGGGUGGGAUGAUCCUAUUCCUGAGAACUUGCGCUCACGGUGGGAGGAGUGGAAGAAUGGUUUGCAGAGACUAAAGGAAAUUGCAAUUCCGCGAUGUUACUAUCCACAGAACUUUGGUGAAAUUGUUAGAGUGGAAUUACACCAUUUCGCUGAUGCCAGUAAUGCAGGAUAUGGCUCAUGUUCGUAUCUCAGGUACCAAAACAACAGAAAUGAGAUUCAUUGCAGCUUUGUAAUGGCCAAAGCGAGAGUUGCCCCCACAAAGAUUACAAGCAUUCCAAGAUUGGAACUCUCAGCUGCAGUCACCGCAGCCAGGAUGAGUGUUAUGCUGAAGGCGGAACUCGAGAUGAAGAUCGAGCAAGAAUUUUUCUGCACAGACUCCCAAGUUGUACUUGCUUACAUCAACAAUGAGGCUCGACGUUUCCAUGUAUUUGUGGCGAACCGUGUUCAACUGAUUAGAGAAAUCACUGACCCAAAUCAGUGGAACUAUGUGGAUACAGCACAAAACCCAGCUGAUCACGCCUCUAGGGGUCUUCAUGCUUCAGCCAUCACUUCAUCUAGCUGGUUAUCAGGGCCUGAGUUUCUAUGGGAACAGGAUGUGCAUCCUAUGCCUAAGCCUUCUACUGAGCUGCUAACAGGGGAUCCAGAAGUCAAAUCCAUUCAGGUGUUGUCAACCCAAAUCAGUGACAGGAAGGACAUUCUUAGCCGUCUGAGUCGAUUUUCCACCUGGACAAUGCUUGUUAAGGUGGUUGCCAGGAUCAAAAGACUUGGGUCCAAACUUAAACAUCAUGGUGAAAUUGUGACUGUCACGGAACGUAGAAAGGCUGCGGAAAUGCUGUAUCAGCUCGUUCAGCAGCAAGCCUUUCCCCAAGAGCUGAAGGCACUUCAAGAGAAUUUUCAUGGGAGUACUAUUCUAAGUUCAAGUCCUCUUUUCCGCCUCAACCCCAUUCUGGAUGUGGGACUUCUACGUGUUGGUGGAAGACUAACAGGUUCGACCCUCAGUUCAGAACUAAAACAUCCCAUUAUUCUCCCAAAAGACAGCCACAUCACCAAUCUGCUCUUAGCUCACUAUCAUGCCCAGGUCUGCCACCAGGGUUGGAGUCAGACCUUAAUGGAGCUUCGGGCCAAUGGAUUUUGGGCCAUAGGUGCAAAUAAAUCAGUCAGCAAGUUAAUACACAGAUGUGUGAAAUGUCGUAAACUCAGACGACCAACUGAGGAGCAACAGAUGUCUGAACUCCCAAGAGAACGCUGUGAAGUCUCCGCCCCUUUCACUUUCUGUGGAAUGGAUUGCUUCGGCCCAUUUGUUACCAAGCGAGGUCGCAAAGAGUAUAAGAGAUAUGGACUGAUUUUUACAUGCCUGUCUUCUCGUGCCAUCCAUCUAGAAAUGCUUGAUGACUUGUCAACAGACGUAUUUAUUAAUGCUUUGAGGUGUUUUAUCAGUCUUAGAGGAGCAGUUAGUCAUCUACGCUGUGAUCAGGGCACAAACUUCGUGGGUGCGAAGAAUGAGUUUAAAGAAGCUCCCAAGCAAUGUGAUACAGAGGCUUUGAAAGCUUUUCUGGCAGAUAAACAGUGUGAGUUCACUUUCAAUGCUCCCUCAGCGAGUCAUGCAGGUGGUGUGUGGGAGCGACAAAUUCGGACCAUUCGAAGUGUGCUGAAUGUUACAGUUGCCCAGUGUUCAGGUAGACUAGAUGAUGCCUCCCUUAGAACUCUGUUCUACGAAGCAAUGGCUAUUGUCAACAGUCGUCCAUUAAAUGUUGAUGGAAUCAAUGAUCCCAUGGCACCAGAACCCCUGACUCCAAACCACCUUAUCUUGAUGAAGUCAAAGGUAGCAUUACCACCUCCAGGAAAGUUUGUCAAGGAGGAUAUGUACGCUGUAAAGAGAUGGCGAAGGGUACAAUAUUUAACUGAACAGUUCUGGAGCCGGUGGAAAAAGGAAUACCUCAUGAACGAGUCCACUAGACAAAAGUGGCAUGUACCCCGGCGCAACUUGAAAGUAAAUGACAUAGUCAUCAUCAAGGAAGAUUCACUUCCAAGGAACCAGUGGCAACUAGGACGAGUGGUCGAGACAACAGAAGGGAGUGAUGGCUUAGUGCGUCGAGUAAAAGUACAAGCUGGGGAGCGAAAAUUAACACAGAAACAGACCCAUUGCUCUAAGCCCACAAUCAUCGAACGACCAAUCCAAAAGCUAGUGCUCCUCCUUGAAGAUGAAUGAUGAUCUGUCAAUCUUGUAGAUACACUUACGUCAGAUAUGUUUGACUAACAGACAUAGGGUGACCCUUAUCGUAUUUGUGACCUAUACCAAUAGUUAUUCAUUAUUGCCUAGAAAUCAUGUAUGAGUAACUGUUUUUCUUGUUUAGUUUUUCCUGCUAAAUUCAGUUAUCAUUACAUGAUUGGUGGGAGUGUAAAGGGCCACAAGAGGCCGCUAUAGGUUGUUAAUUUUUCACUCACCUUAUUCAGGUUAAUGGCUUUAAAGCAAACCCCGGAACCUGUAUAAUUCAUACCAUGCCACACUCAUCAAAACGAUCUCAUCCCAGAAGCUUGGUGAUUAAAUUCCCGUGAGAAAUCCAGAUGACCAUCACAUUACUUGAAGCUACGUGUUUAAGCUAGCAUCCCUUGGUGAGCGGAGUGAGGUGUGUAAUUUAUGUUUGUGUUUCAAAUUAUGAUGUAAAUGUCUAAAUGGUUUACUUUUGGAAACUUUUGUGUUUUAAAAUUGUCAACUAAGUGAAUUAUUGUGUAUAUGUUGCUUUACAUAGCUCCUUUGUUGUUCUGUGUGCAGCUGCAUGAUAAUGCACUGUAAAUUUGUAGUAAUUUAUUGUAAAUUUGCUUUGCAAUUUAUGUGUUUACUUCCAGUUUUCACGGUGUUUAUGCUGGUUCCAAAAUAAAUCACUUUACACCCGUCA